ACGAAUCACGAUUGAUUAGGGGAGUUUUAGAGCAGAAAACAGGACUGACACUCCCCUUCCUUUCCUCUCUCCUCCCAAGCAUUUCCAAUUCCGAUUGAGAAUCCCCAAUUUCCCAAUUCCUAAUUCCCAAUUCCCAAUUCCCAAUUCCGAUUCACCAACAUUACAAUCCCUAACGAUCUGUUUUUCUUCUUCAUCGUUUUCCAAAAUCUACUACUUUUCAUCAUCGCCUUUUUCUUUUCCUAAUAUUAUUCAUUUCUAAUCGAAUUAUUUAAUUUCUUCGUCCUUUAAUGCCCUCAUCUUCUGUUUACAUAUAUGAUCUCAAAUCUCUUUUCGCCGAUUUAAUUUCUGUUUUCUGUUCGAUUGUUACAAUUGAAUGCUAAUAUGGGUCAACACUAGCAAAAUUCGGAUUUAAAGGUUGCAUUAGUAGUAAUGGAUGCUACCGAUAUUGGAAAUGGGCAACCGGGAAGUUCAAUGACAUCUAAUGGUCAUAAGGGUUCUUCCAGUUCUGUUGAUUGGUUGGGAAAAGAUAUGCUUGAAUUAAGAUUGGGUGAUAGAAGCGACCGGGAAGAUGAUAGACAGGACAGUGAACCUGAGAUAAUUGAUGGUGCUGGUACUGAAGCAGGGCAUGUUAUCAGGACAACAAUUGGAGGUCGAAAUGGUCAACCUAGACAGACUAUUAAUUAUAUUGCAGAACACGUGGUUGGAACAGGUUCCUUCGGUGUUGUAUUUCAGGCGAAAUGUAGAGAGACCGGGGAAAUUGUGGCCAUCAAGAAGGUGCUUCAAGACAAACGUUACAAAAAUAGAGAGCUACAGAUCAUGCAGAUGUUUGAUCAUCCUAAUAUUGUAGCUCUCAAGCAUUUUUUCUUUUCACGAACAGAAAAGGAGGAGGUGUACCUUAACCUCGUUCUUGAAUAUGUGCCCGAGACUGUCAACCGCAUUGCAAGGGGAUACAACAGAAUGCACCAGAAAAUGCCUUUAAUAUAUGUGAAAUUGUAUACCUAUCAGAUCUGCAGAGCACUGGCGUAUAUACAUAACUGCAUUGGCAUAUGCCACCGGGACAUUAAGCCCCAGAAUCUACUGGUGAAUCCACAUACACACCAGCUGAAACUUUGUGAUUUUGGAAGUGCAAAAGUACUGGUUAAAGGAGAACCCAAUGUUUCCUACAUAUGCUCUAGAUACUACCGUGCUCCUGAGCUCAUUUUUGGUGCCACUGAGUAUACCACUGCAAUAGACAUAUGGUCUACAGGAUGUGUUAUGGCGGAAUUACUUCUGGGUCAGCCAUUAUUCCCCGGAGAAAGUGGGGUCGAUCAACUUGUAGAGAUCAUCAAGGUUCUUGGAACACCAACAAGGGAGGAGAUAAAGUGCAUGAAUCCGAACUAUACUGAAUUUAAGUUUCCACAGAUAAAACCUCAUCCAUGGCACAAGGUCUUUCAGAAACGUUUGCCACCUGAAGCAGUUGAUCUAAUCUGCAGAUUUUUUCAGUAUUCUCCAAAUUUGAGAUGCACUGCUUUGGAAGCUUGUGUUCACUCCUUCUUUGAUGAAUUGAGGGAUCCAAAUACAAGACUUCCUAAUGGCCGUCCUCUUCCUCCUCUAUUCAAUUUCAAGCCACAAGAGCUCGCAAGCAUCCCACCUGAUAUGGUGAACCGCCUCAUCCCAGAGCAUGCUCGGCGACAGAACUUAUUCAUGGCUUUGAACUCUUAAGUCCACCUUUCUCGCAGUUUAUUUAGGCAUUUCUUUUAAAUUUCAUGCCGAGUACUAGCAUGUGUUGAUGAUAGUGAGCAGAGUACAGAAUGUCGUGAACUCUUGCAUAGGAUGUGAAGAAAUCGAAGGAUAGUGAGAGGUGGUUUUGAGAUAUAAUUAUGAAAAUAUGGCAUACGUGUAUUUAUACAUAACCGUGUUGAGAUACUUGCACAGUUAGUAGCUUAGUUGACAAAGCACAUGACAUAUGUAUCCUAAUCUUGUUUUUGUUUGACUCGAGAGUUUUGGCUUCAUUUUUUAGUCCUGGUGUGUCUGUUGUUCACUAGUUGCAAAUAGGUUGUACGUUUGUGAGAGAUUGUAAUAUGGUAUGGCGAAUGGCGAUUGAUGUCAAGUUACGAUGUCAAGUUUCAAAGAGUGGUUUACUUAUAUUGUGAAAAUUUUCGUACAAAAGACCGAGGAAAUUCUAGGUAGAUCUUCCGGUGAUCUCUAGAUGCAGUUUUCUACCCUUCCAAUAUUGGAUGGACUUUGGUUUCAAGUAUGUGUUUUUAAGAGCCAUGUUCUGCCUUAUUUUAUUAUGUACUCAACUUUUAAUAGAAAUUCUUGUUCCUUAUUACUCUUAUUAUACUCUCUAUGUCCCAUGGGAAUUGCCAAGUAAUUUGGAAAACAGUGUUUCACUGUAUGAUGCAGUUUAUAUAUGGGUAAAAUAUUCCAACGAAUACGUAUUAUGGGAAAUUGAGAAUGUAAACUCGUUAUUUUGAGAUUGUUUCAUUAUGAGAUUUGUAGUUCAGAGGUUUACUUAAUGCAAAUUAUCCUUGUUUUCUCA